GUCAUGAGGUCAGGCUUCGACCGGAGUGCGCGCGCAACUCGGUGUUUACCUCGUCUGUUAUGUUACUGCGUCGCUAAAACUCUGUGUGUUUAGCAUAAUCAAUUCGAACCAAGUGCUCGUACCAAGAUGGACGCAUUUCUACCGGCUCUAGGCGAACGCGUGUUCAAGGCGGAUUACAUCAAAAAGAAACGUCUGAGAAAGGGUAAAAUGCAGUACUUGGUGAAAUGGAAAGGAUACUCAUCAAAGGAGUGCACGUGGGAACCGGAAGAGAACAUUCUGGACCCCCUGUUAAUUAAGGAAUACAUAGAACGACCUUACUCCCGGCGCUUUGGCAAGCGGAGGCUAUACGAGGUUUCUAAGCGGAUACCACUGACCACGCUCUAUCCGUUCACUCCUCCGUCCCCCGAGGAGACGAACAACAACCUUCCCAUAGGUCUGUUCCCAUUCCCAGAAGAGGAGUCGACCGGACGGGAAGCCGGGUACCUGUCCGACGCUGCCCAUGACAAGCUGGGGUCAGUUGAAAGUGACCGAGGUACAGAUGACACACCCACAAACGAGGCACGCAAUCAACUGUGUGCAGUAUGUAAUAAUGACAAUCACUACGUCACCCCUGGCACGUGCUCAUGUGAAAGUCAACGUCGAGACAGGAACUUCUUUGAUUGGGUGUCUCAGACACGCGCUUUUCAUGCCACACAAUUCCAGGACAAAGAUCUUUGUGACAAAUCUGAUGACCAGUUCUCUGAUGACUCGACAGUGAAAUACGUAUCUGAUGACGAUAUGACAUGUGGCUAUCGAUCAGACAGUGUUGGAGGUGAAGUUAGCGACCAGGAUAUGGUAGUGUCCCCUUCCCCUCCAUCACCCUCCCAUUAUGAAACGUCUGUGGAAGACCCUCCAGAAAAUGAACUCUUUGUUACAAACGUUACCUGUCAUGAAAUCACCGUAACGUUCAUCGAGAGUCCCACAAAGGCAGGCUUUUUUAAGGAGGGUCGGGAGCAAGGCCCGACGGGAUAAAGAAAGUCUGGUGUGACGUUCGAAACUCUUGGCCCAUGCGCCAAACAAAAAAAGGACCAAAGUUGUUGCGCCCACCAUUUGCUACUCAGUAGACAAAGUUGGAGUGCCACUUAAAGCUAUCCUUCGAAUUCGUGUUCAGUCAUACAAGUUUCCGUUUUCUAUUCGUACAUGUAGUCGUUCAACCUUGUAUAGUGCCAGUGUUCGACAGUGACCAGUACAGUUGUGUGAUGUGAUCAUGACGAGUCCAGUGUCUGUCUGGACGAACAGUAUCCCACCGUGGAGAUGGUCAGCUUAGCGCCUGUAGUUUGUGACGUGGUGGCUAGACAGGUCACACGGACCAAUGUAUUAUUAGACAAGUGCAAUAUUGAUCUGAAUGCGUGUGGUAAUACGGGAAUCCCGGAUAUAUACACGCGCCUUGGAUUAAUGACAGAUACGCAGGAUUAAGCCUUGAUAAGUGUUUCCAUUAUCGGAAGGGAUUUUACUUUUUUCAUUGUUAACUCUUGAUGAAAUGUUAUUAAAGAUGGAACAAAAAUGC